UUGAUCCCUUUGCGCACUUUUGAGAGGAUCCCUGAGCCAUUGCCGCUGUGCACAAGUUGAGAAGCGAGCGCUGGAGACUGGAGGCAGCAGGCAGACUGGCCGUUUACUCGCCUGUCCGUCGGUAUCACAGAGACUGACGGGACAGCCAGCCUGAGAGAUGGACCUUGCAUGCGAGCGAAGCGUCGAAACGAGUCGGACCUUCUCGCAGCAGCGACGAGACAGCGCCGUGACCCCCUCGUCCGGGCUGCUAAAGCGAGCGGAGGGAGCGCAGUGAGCGAUAACAGUCUGCGCAAGAAAAGCCGGUGGGGCUGAAGAGAGAGACGGACGCGACUGACCAGAGCGACAGAUGUCGAUGUGGAUAGCCAGUGUGGGCGCCUGUCCAGGGUGCAUGGCGGAAUAAUGCAACCCCCACAGCGGAACAUGGCGCCCCCAUCACUGUGCCCGUGGAUAUUCAUCAUAGGCCUGGUAUGCAUGAUGGCUACUACAUCCUGCCAAGGAUGCCCAGCACGGUGUGACUGUGCCCCACAGGUGAAGUCUGUUGUAUGUCAUCGUAAACGCCUCAAUUCCAUCCCUGAGGGCAUCCCAACAGAGACCAGGGUCUUAGACCUGAGUCGCAACCGACUGCGCUGUGUCGGGUCUGGAGAUCUUUCCCCCUACCCUCUGCUUGAAGAGGUUGACUUCAGUGAGAACAUCAUCUCCAUCCUCGAACCAGGGGCUUUUGCCAACCUCUUUAAUCUGCGCAUCCUGAAGCUCAGAGGCAACCAGCUGAAACUCGUCCCAAUGGGGGCUUUUGCAAGGCUGUCCAACCUCACUCAGCUGGACCUCAGUGAAAACAAGAUUGUUAUACUCCUGGACUUUACCUUUCAGGACCUGAAGAACCUACGAAGCCUGGAGGUGGGAGACAACGACUUGGUCUACAUCUCUCACAAAGCCUUCAGCGGGCUAGUUGGCUUGGAAGAGCUGACGAUUGAGAGAUGCAACUUGACUGCCAUCUCAGGACAGUCGUUGUCCUACCUGAGAGGCUUAGUCACCCUUAGGCUAUGCCACCUCAAUAUUGCUUCCCUAGAAGAUCAGAAUUUUAGGAGACUGUCUGGCCUCCGUGAACUGGAGAUUGAUAACUGGCCCCAACUGGAGUACAUCUCGCCCAGCAGCUUCCAGGGUCUCAAUCUCUCCUGGCUUUCCAUCACCAACACUAAUAUCACAUCUGUACCCUCAGUGGCAUUUCGCAGCUUGGCUUAUCUGUCCUGUCUCAACCUCUCCUACAACCCCAUCAGCGUGCUGGAAUCAUGGGCAUUCCGUGAUCUGGUCCGCCUCAAAGAGCUCCAUCUGGUCAGCACCAUGUUGGUGUCGGUGGAACCACUGGCCUUUGGGGGCCUCCGGCAGAUACGUGUCCUCAAUGUGUCCAACAACUUCCUGAUUACUCUGGAGGAGAGUUCUUUCCAUUCAGUCAACAGUCUGGAGACCCUGCGCAUAGACAACAAUCCCUUGUCCUGUGACUGUCGUCUGUUGUGGAUCCUGCAAAGACGCAAGACCCUCAAUUUCGACGGCAGGCAGCCCAUAUGCGCAGGGCCUGUGGAAGUCCAAGGCAAUGCUCUCAGUACUUUCUCGGAUGCAGUGCUCUUUGACUACUUCACCUGCCAGAAACCCAAAAUCAAGGACCGGAAGCUACAGCACCUCACGGUGAAUGAGGGCCAACCGGUGUCCUUCUUGUGUCGUGCCGAUGGGGAACCCCAGCCGGCAAUUAUCUGGGUGUCACCCCAGAGAAGGAAAAUCACCACCAAGAGUGCCGGCCGCAUAACAGUCCUGCCAGGAGGAACCUUAGAGAUCCGCUUUGCCCAAGUGCAUGACAGCGGCACCUACAUUUGUAUCGCCAGCAAUGCUGGAGGCAACGACACCUACUUUGCUACACUGACAGUAAAGAGUCAGCCUAUGGAUUCAGUUCUAUACGCAAACCGUACCUUCUACCUGGCAGACUACAAUGAGUCCAGCCUGAACGACACCAGAGUCUUCCUCAAGUUCACCCUUGACCUCAAAACCAUUUUGGUCUCCACAGCCAUGGGCUGCAUCACCUUCCUGGGGGUGGUACUCUUUUGCUUCCUCCUGUUGUUUGUGUGGAGUCGGGGCCGCGGGCAGCACAAGAACAAUUUCUCUGUUGAGUAUUCCUUCCGAAAGGUGGAUGGGCCGACCACUAGCGGGAGCCAGGGAGGGACCAGAAAAUUUAAUAUGAAGAUGAUCUGAAAUUACGCAGCCAGGAGCUCUGCCAUGGAGGAGUGAGAGGGUCUAUGUUGCGCACUUUGAGCGUGCUAUAGAACCAGCAAGGAGAGGCCAAACUAAAUUGGUAGCAGGGUGGUCCCCUGGAGAUUUAAGGGGUCUCCUUUUAAGGAGAUCACACAAUUAGGAUUUCACUCUUGGAUAAUGCGAAUGCUAUUUGGUCACAUUCCCUGGGUAAGGAAAAAAUAAUAAUAAUCUGUAAGCAAUCUGCAAUCCCAAAUGGUGUACAAAAUUGCUACACAUUUAUGGGAAUAAAUUAACAAACAGUGAAGCAGAUUUGACUCCCUGCUGGUCACGAUGCAACAUAGGGUUACCGCACUGGCUACAGUUUUUGACUGGGCGGGAGCAGAAACUGGUCGUCCUUCCCAGUAACACAGCCCGUCCUGCCGUGCUUCUUUCGGGGACAGGGAAAGAGGCCCAGACUGCAGAGCCACAGUGGGGUUCGGUGCAGGAAGUGGGCACACGGGUUGCGUCCAACUGCCAGCUAGUGUGGUAGCAACUGCCCCUCACCCCCAAGCCCCAGUCUUCCACCGCCAUAGUUAACUGGGCCUGUCUUUCAGAGCCUCUGGCUGGGAAUGAGCAUUUCUCAUUACCCAUAGAAUACCCAGGCUUUCCUUUUUGAACACUGGCAUUUCACCUCUCCAGUCGGCGGUUAGGGGUGGGCAGUAGGCGGAUCGGCCUGGGUGACAAUACUUAAGAAAACUCUACUAGUACUCUGGAGAUUUCCUGGCACCAGUUUAGGCAAAAAUGGUGUGUCUUAGGUGGUUAACCCAGGACUGGAGAGGGUACUUGCCACCCUAGAAGAACAACCCCCUGACAUUCCAAAAAUCUCUGCAAUAACCCAUCCUAG